AACAUUCUUUCCUACCAGACGAAAACAUCACAUCUCAGCAUGUCGUGAUAGAUCUCUCUCUUUACAUCCAGCUAAAUUUGAAACAUAAUUAAAUAAAACAUGACGUGGAUUUUGAAUAAACUCCACAUCCUGUUUGUUUUGUUAUUUGUGUUGUUUCACUGUGAUGUUUUGAAUGCACAAGAGAAUGAUGAGUCCCUGGAGCUCAUGCUGUCAGAGGACGCAGUGUCCGAUAUGGAGAACAGCCCCAAGUUUGUGGAGGUAGAAGACCUGGACUCGCUGCCUAAGAGGCAGUUCAAGACGGCUGAGAUCGCAGAUGCUGUGAUGGGAACCGAAGCCCCCAUCGACCCGUCUGACAUCGAGUCCCUGUUCCCCAAAAAUGUGAAAGACUUCCAGACGGGCUUCUCCCCUCCUUGUGGUGAGAACAGUGACCAGUGUGAUUCACCUGCUGUGGCAGCUGAAGGAGCGUCAAUGGAGGACAACAGUGACGAAUCAUCACAGCAGAUCACUCUCGACAUAGUGCGUGCCGACGUCCCGCAGUCUGAGGAGCAGAACGCCACGGAGACCGCCAAGACGUACAAGGUGAACUGCGAUAAGAGGAACAUCACAGGAAUUGACAGUUUCACCGUGCAGGUCCUCAAUGCGUCACAGGACCUGAUGGAUUUCCUGAAUGCUAACGGCACUGAGUGCUCCGUAGUGCUGUUCUUCACCUCCUGGUGCCAGUUCUCAGCCAGCCUGGCACCUCACUUCAACGCCCUGCCCCGAGUCUUUCCCAGCAUGCACUUCCUCGCACUGGAUGCCUCGCAGCACAGCAGCCUCUCCACGAGGUUCGGGACCGUGGCCGUGCCCAACAUCCUGCUGUUCCAGGGGGCCAAACCCAUGGCUCGCUUCAACCACACCGACAGAACGCUGGAGACGCUCACCUCCUUCAUCGGCAACCAGACGGGUUUUGAAGUCGGCCCCGACAAAAACGUGACCGACACAGACCGCCUCGGCCCCCUCCUCAGCGUCCCGGUGAAGAGCAUCGAUUGGCUGCUGGUCUUCUCCAUCCUCUUCAUCACAGGCUUCAUCACGUACGCCAUCCUGCGGACAGACAGCAUCCGCUGGCUCAUACCGGGACAGGAGCACGAGCAUCAGGACUGAAAAACACAGCCGGACCGCAAGUCACUGGAUGUAAAAGAUUAUUUGAUAAAGCAUUUCAUUUUUUUUUUUUUUUUUU